UAUGUUAUCAUUAUUAUUGUCACGCUUGGGCUACCGGAUCAUGUUAUUAUCAUUGUAUUUACUGUUUAUAAGUAAAUAUUUAAAAUUUUUAACAUUAAGCCAUAAGCACCACCCGUCGACCCUGUCUCGGGCUUUUGAUUUUGGACGUAUACGUCGCCCACCAGCCCCAGGUGAAAUGGGCAAGUCGUCUAAAGACAAGCGUGACAUAUACUACCGGCUAGCCAAGGAACAGGGCUGGCGGGCCCGGAGUGCGUUCAAGCUGAUCCAGAUCGAUGGGCAGUUCAACGUACUAGACGGCGUCAGCCGAGUGGUGGAUCUGUGUGCGGCCCCGGGGAGCUGGAGCCAGGUGCUGAGCAAAGCGUUGUACUCAGGCCGCGGCGGUAACGAUGACGUGAAGAUCGUCGCGGUCGACCUGCAGUCGAUGGCCCCGCUGCCCGGCGUCGUGCAGUUGAAGGGCGACAUCACCAAGGAGAGCACCGCCAAAGAAAUACUUGCCCAGUUCGACGGCGGCCAGCUGGUGGACCUGGUCGUCUUCGACGGCGCGCCGGACGUCACCGGACUCCACGACCUGGACGAGUAUGUGCAAGCGCAACUGCUGUUGGCCGCCAUGAACAUCACCACUUACCUGCUCAAGCCGGGCGGCACGUUCAUUGGGAAGAUAUUCCGCGGCAAGGACUCUUCGCUGCUCAUUGCCCAGCUCGAAAUAUUCUUUGGCGACGUGGUCGUCGCCAAGCCGUGUAGCUCGCGCAAUUCUAGCAUCGAGUCGUUUGUUGUGUGCCGAAACUUCCGGCUGCCCGACAACUACACGCCCACCAUGGCUAACCCGCUGAUGACCAACGACUCACGGCCCUGGGACGAGAUGGACGUGCAUCCAGUCAUCACACCGUUUGUGGCCUGUGGUAGUUUAAGCGGCUUUGACGCUGACAAGACCUAUCCUUUAGAAAUUGAUGGCUUGCAGUACACACAGAGGAAUCCUGUACAAGGGCCGAUAGCACCACCGUAUGAGAAAUCAAAGCCAUUGAUAACUACAAAGGGCAUAAGUGUUGUCCAGACACCUAUUGACCAAGCUGUCGCCUCUACUGAAAAAUUGAUGUUGGAUUAAUUUUUAUGUCACCGUAAAUAUAUAUAUAUAUAUGUAUUCUUUAUUAAAUAUCAAUGUUUAUGAUUUGCAAUAUAUCUACUCAUGUAUUUUGUACUUUUAA